UGUGCCAGGUCAAAGAGCGUUUCUCCUGCAAUUAUCUGGUGAAGUGGAGCCUCAACUCAAGGCCAGGUUCCAUUCCAAGGUCCAUCCAUGGCUCCUUCCUUCCCCUUCCUCCUCCUCCUCCUCCUCUUCAGCCAAAUCCUUCUUCUCUGCACGGCGGUGGACACCAUCAACUCCACCACGCCCUUGUCGGGGACGCAGAAGAUCGUCUCCAAUGGCGGCAGGUUCGCCCUGGGGUUCUACACCCCGCCACUAGGUAACACCACGGCUUCCACCGGCAAUUACUACAUAGCCAUAUGGUACAACGACAUACCGCUGCAGACGACGGUGUGGACAGCCAACAGCGAUGCGCCGGUGUCCGACCCGACCGCCGCCGCGCUGGCCAUCGGCGGCGACGGCAACCUCGUCCUCCUCGACCGGUCCAAGAACGACACGCGGCUGUGGUCGACCAACGUGAGCGUCGCCUCCCGCGCCACCGCCGCCGUCCUCACCGACGGCGGCAGCCUCGACCUCGUCGACGCCGCCGACCCGUCGACGACCUACUGGCGGAGCAUCGACCACCCGACGAACACCUGGCUCCCCGGCGGCAAGCUGGGCCUGAACAAGACCACCGGCGUGAGCCAGCGGCUCGUCCCGUGGAGGAACAGCGCGAACCCGUCCCCGGGGCUCUUCUCCCUCGAGCUGGACCCCAACGGCACGACGCAGUACUUCAUCCAGUGGAACGGCUCCAUCACCUACUGGACCAGCGGGCCAUGGAACGGCGACAUCUUCAGCCUCGUCCCGGAGAUGACCUCCGGCUACAACUACAACUUCCAGUUCGUCAACAACGCCACGGAGAGCUACUUCGUGUACUCCAUGAAGGACGCGUCGGUCAUCUCGCGGUUCACCAUCGACGUGAGCGGGCAGAUCAAGCAGUGGACGUGGGUGCCGGCGUCGCGGAACUGGAUCCUGUUCUGGUCGCAGCCGCGGACGCAGUGCGAGGUGUACGCGCUGUGCGGCGCGUACGGGAGCUGCAGCCUCAGCGCCCUGCCGUUCUGCAGCUGCAUCAGGGGGUUCAGCCAGAGGGUCCAGGGCGACUGGGAUCUCCAGGAUUUCACCGGCGGGUGCAGGAGGAACACGCCGCUGCAGUGCCAGACCAACUCGACCUCAGCACAGGCCACCCAGCCGGACAAGUUCUACGCCAUGGCAAGCGUGAGGCUGCCUGAUAACGCUCAGAGCGCAGCAGCGGCCACCACUUCUCAGGCGUGUCAGGUCGCUUGCCUGAGCAACUGCUCCUGCAACGCCUACACCUACAACGGCAGUGGCUGCUUCGUCUGGCACGGGGACCUGAUCAACCUCCAAGAACAGUACAGCGGCAAUGGAGAAGGCACGCUCUUCCUCAGGCUCGCAGCCUCUGAGCUGACAGACUCUAAAAAGAGCAAGAAAGUGAUCAUCGGUGCAGUGGUGGGUGGAGUCGCUGCUGCAGCUCUGAUCAUCCUCGCAGCCGUGCUGUUCGUCCUGUUCCAGAAACGCCGCCGCGACAGGAGCCUCCGCAUAUCCAAGACCGCCGGGGGCCCGCUGAUCGCCUUCCGGUACAGCGACCUGCAGCACGUCACCGGCAACUUCUCGGAGAAGCUGGGAGGGGGCGCCUUCGGCACGGUGUUCAGAGGGAAGCUCCCGGACUCGACCGCCAUCGCCGUGAAGAGGCUCGACGGGGUCCACCAGCAGGGGGAGAAGCAGUUCCGCGCCGAGGUGAGCACCAUCGGCACCAUCCAGCACGUCAACCUGGUGCGCCUGCUCGGCUUCUGCUCCGAAGGAUCGAGGAGGCUGCUCGUGUACGAGCUCAUGCCGAGGGGCUCCCUGGAGCAGCAGCUGUUCCACGGCGAGACGGCACCGCUGAGCUGGGCAGCAAGGUACCAGAUCGCGCUCGGGACGGCCAGGGGCCUGAACUACCUGCACGAGGAGUGCAGGGACUGCAUCAUACACUGCGACGUCAAGCCAGACAACAUCCUCCUGGACGACUCGUUCGUGCCCAAGGUGUCAGACUUCGGCCUCGCAAAGCUCCUGGGACGUGAUUUCAGCCGCGUCCUGACGACGAUGCGAGGGACGAGGGGCUACCUUGCGCCCGAGUGGAUCAGCGGCGUCCCGAUCACGGCGAAGGCGGACGUCUUCAGCUACGGGAUGAUGCUCUUCGAGCUCAUCUCAGGCAGGAGGAACGCUGACCAUGGGCAGGAGGGCGAGCUCUCGUUCUUCCCGACCCUGGCUGCAAACAAGCUCCAUGGAGGAGACGUGCAGACCUUGUUGGACCCCAGGUUGAAUGGAGAUGCCAGCCCUGACGAGCUCACGAGGGCCUUCAAGGUCGCCUGCUGGUGCAUUCAAGAUGACGAGAGUGCCAGGCCUACGAUGGGUCAGGUUGUCCAGAUACUGGAGGGGUUCCUUGAUGUUAACAUGCCUCCUGUUCCAAGGUCACUGAAGGUCCAUGAUGAAAGCCCUGCUGCCAUAGUUUUUUUCUCGGAUGUUUCGUCAAGCCAGGCUUCGCAGAUGCAGAACAGCGCAGCUUCUUCCCGCACAAAGAGUUCUACUUCAGAUGGUUCACAGUUUCAAUGCUCCUAAAUCAGAUAAUCUUGCAUUUAACAUGGGGAAUGCAUUAUUUAUAUAUUUGAGAGUGCUAUGAUUGACUGAUGUUGUACAUAUAUAUAGAUCCUAAUUGCUACGCGUUUCUGUAGUUCUGUUAACCAUAGAAAAGGCAUGUCUUCUGGUACAUUGAGCUACAACAAAGUAAAAACAUUGAGCCAUUCGCCAUGAACUAAAAUUUUCAUGUUUAAGCUACGAGGAGGCCUGACUGCAAGCAUGAACAUUUGGUACAUGGAAAUAACAGAUUAAAUUCCUACUAUGUGCUUCAGUUCAGUGUUAUUGUCUGCUUGCAUGGAACAACCUAAACAGAUUAAAUUCUGGAAU